AUGUUUGAGCAUUUAUUAGGCGACACCAUGAUGGCUUACAUUGACGACAUGGUGGUCAAAAGCAUGCUCGCCAGUGAUCACCUAACCCACCUUACCGAAGCCUUCGACAUGCUCAAAAAGCACAAGCUCCGCCUCAAUGCCGAGAAGUGCACCUUUGGUGUCAGCUCCGGUAAUUUCUUGGUCACCUCAUCUCCCGACGCGUCACACCGCAUCAUUGUCCUCAUCGAAUACCCUUUUAAGUCUCUCCUUCAGAAGGCAGACCUUUCUAACCAAAUCUCUCAAUGGGCUGUCGAACUUGCGUACUAUGAAAUCCACUUCCAGCCUCGGACAUCAAUCAAAGCUAAGGUCCUCGCCAACUUUAUCGCCGAGCUCACUCUAGCCGACUCUCCUGUCUCAGCUCCAGCUCCAGCUCCAGCUCCAAGCACAAAAGCAGUGCUCCAGGCGAACCCUAGCACUGUCUGGAAGCUUUUCCAUGGAGAUGUAUGGAAGAUGUAUGUCAACAGCACCUCCAACAGCCGAGGCGCAGGAGCCGAAGUCGUCCUCCUCUCCCCUUCCAGCGUCUUACACGAAAGUUCCCUCUCUAUCAACUUCCCAGCCUCCAACAACGAGGCUGAGUAUGAAGCAUUGAUCUCCGGGCUCAAGACCACCGAAGCUCUGGGCAUCAAAGAGCUUGUGGUUUACAGUGAUUCCCAAUUAGUAGUUAACCAGCUUUCGGAGGAAUAUGAAUCUCGAGAUGACCGAAUGCGUACUUACCUCAGCUCUGCUGUUCGGCUCAUCAACAAUUUCAAAGCCAUUCGAGUCGAACAUAUCUCUAGGGAACAAAAUGCCCAUGCCGAUGCCCUUGUCGGGCUCGCUUCGGCUUGCUCCUCCUUGGGACAUCGUUCUAUCUCCUUCAGCUCCAUUGACAAGCCCAGUUUUGAACUUGAAGUAUUGAGCCAAGAGGUACUCAGCAUAGAGCUUGGUCCAAGCUGGAUGGAUAAAAUCAUUGGCUACCUGGGAGAUGAUGCCCUCCCCACCGACAAGAAGGACGUUCACCGACUCCGCAAUAAAGCCGCACUCUUUUGGCUCAAUCUGAAUGGCAAGCUUUACAAAAGAUCAUUCACCGGCCCGUAUCUGCUAGUUGCAUAUCCCCACCAAGUACCAGGCAUCAUUGAAGAGCUCCACGCCCGUGACAGUGGUUGUCACUCCGGUGGACGCCCUCUCACUAGACUUUGGCCCUUCUCUCAAUGGGGCAUGGAUAUCGUCGACAAGCUCCCCGUUGCUCCUGGUGAGUUCAAGUUCUUUUUAACCGCCACUGACUAUUUCUCUAAAUGGGUCGAAGUCGAGCACUUGGUCACUAUUGAAGAAACAGACGUCAUUCGUUUCGUUUGGCGAAAUAUCAUCUCUCGCUUCGGUGUUCCCUUCGCCAUUAUCACAGACAACAGACAGCAGUUUACUAUGAAGAAAUACCAGUCCCUAUUGGACGAGUACGACAUCAAAUGA